AUGCUCAACAGCACCAACACGCAGAGGACAAGAUCGGUUGAGGGCUUCUCACCGACUCGCUGCACCUUUAGGAUUUUCAACAAAGAUUUUCCAGGGAAGCUCGCGAACCUGAAGAAGGUGUCCCAGGACAGAGCCGCUUGCGACGUCAAGGAAGAUGGAGCGCUGGAAGAGGACAGCGAGGCAGGCCGGGCGGCCCCGCCGGUGGCGUGCGGCAGGGGGGGGGGUGAAUCAGGGCGUCACCAGUCGGAGAACGGCUACUUCACAACACCAGGGUGGCACCCCACCACGCUCUACGCGCGUGGAAGGGUCUCUGAGGCGAGGCACGUGGAGCGCAUUUCUCCCCCCGAGUCCAGGCCUGCAAAGUCCAUCUGCUGGGGCUACGUUUAUCUUCCUCCAGCAUUUGCUGAGAAAUUAACCCUAUCUCGCCUGAAACACAAAGAUAGAGCAAACCCACGGACCCCUAAAACGAGCCAGACCCUCAGCUCCGCGGCGACACCCGAGGACCGCAGCUGGGGAGAGGUGCUCGGUGAAGGCGCCGCGCAGGGCCAGUGGCUUUUCCCUGAGCCGGAGCUGCAGGAGGAAUUCUCGGCAGGGUUUGGGAGGGAAGAGUGUGACUCCCAUGGGCUGAGCCCCUUAGGUCUUCAGGGAUGGCCAGAGAGCCCUGGAAUAAAGGAUGAGUUCUCCUUCAUGGAUAUUAAAUUGGAAAUCCCCUCCUCUGAUGAGGAGGGCAAGAGCACAGAGAGGCGGAAUAUCUGCAGUUUGCCGGAGGUGCUGCCACCCGCGAAGGGCACGUGCAGCAGUGAAGUGGAAGGUCUUUGCUCUUUAAUGGUGCCAGAUCUGCAAAUGCCGGAGCUUGAGGAGAGUUUGGGGACUGGGAGAGGGGGAAGCGCGGAGAGCGAGGAGUGGUGGCCCUGCGUACAGCCGAGUGUGCUGAUGCUCGAGAAGAGCACGGAAAGCCCCCCGGAUGGCGGCACAGUGAGGUCGCCGAAAAGUGAGCGCCAUGGAAAAGGGAAAAGAGCUGGCAAGGGAAAGGCAAAGAGAUCCUGCCCGUGUGAACUGAAACCACUGGAAAGAGUAGAGGCCACAGGGAACAGGGGAGGGUGUCCCUUGACAGGAUCGCGGGAGACGGGGGCUCCAGAGAAAAAGAAGAGGAGAAGCGUAGGCAGGAAUGGCAAGGCGUCCUUGGCAAAACCAAAGCUCCAAAGCCCACAAGAGGCAGGUAGCUCUUCCGUGGCGGAACCGCCCGCGCCCGAGAGAGGAGCAGCAGGACUGAGCGGGGGCUGCUUCCCGCUGCCAAGUCUGAGCAGCCAGGAGCAGCCAAGAAACCGAGGGAAGAGGCGGAAGCGAGCCGGGAUAGAGCAGCAGCGGAGCGCAGACCUCCAGCAAGGAGCAGCAAAGGAAAAGUGGAAAGAUUCAUGUUCACAGGCUGUGAAGGAGCUCAAGACAAAUUUAAAUAGAUCAGAAGAUUCCACGGAGAAGAAACCUUAUUCCUCUGAAUCUCCUGACAUCGCGACAUUGGAUGGAACUCAAAGCAAUGGAUAUCUCUGCCAUUCUUUGGCAAAAAAAUCUAGGGUACAGUGUAAAAAGAGAAAAAAAGGAAUUGAUCAAAUAAAGCGUUCACAAAACUUUAGUGUAAGUACACCUGAAAAAGCAAAAAAUGCAUCAGCAAAGUAUGAGGCAGAACAUUAUGGAAAGGCCCUAACCCAUUGUAACUGCUUGCCAUUUGUAACAGAAAAGAAUCCAGUUGUGAGACUAGAGGCCUGCAGUUACAUAAACACACUCGUGAAGUCUUCAGUUAACGGAACUGCCAGCAGCUUUAAAAUCAGUGGAUUCUUCCAUGUAGCCCAAGGUGAGAGGAAGGCUGUUUGUCCUGGCAGUGCUGUAGAGCAGAGGGCUAUAAACAGCAGCACUAAUGGAAUGCAUAAUGAGAGAUCCCCCCUAAAAGGAGGUGUCUUGUUUAGUAAAGAAGAAAAGCAUCAACAUAGAGAAGGGUAUUUUUCAUGCCUUAAGAGUGAAAACAGUAGGUGUUCAAGGAAAAGAAAGUGGAAUACUAGUAGACGGCCUAGAAAAAAGUUGCAGGUAGCCAUCUGCAGCAGUCCAGAAAAAACAGCAGUCCAGAAUGUUCCCCCGAACACGACUAGCAAAGGCAAAGAGUGUGAGUUACAAGCAGAAGAUCCAGUUACCACAUCAGAGUCCUCGGUGGUCUUUGGCCUAAAUCACAAAGAAAUGCCUCUGUCAGCUUCAUAUGAUCUUACAUCAAAUCAUAAUGUUGGAAAAAAUACUCGCGAUACACGAAAUAGGUCACUCAGUAGAAAAAACAGUAUCAAAUCUCUUGCACUUGAAGAUUGCUUUAAGGAGGUAUCUGAGCUCUCCAUAGUUGCAAAAAGAGAAAAUUCAAACAGGGUGGCACCACAAGGUUAUUCUGCUAACUCGAGUGGCAUGGGAGUGUUAACUCAGGUCUGUGAUGUUUCUAAUUGUCAGAAAUAUGUGCCAGUUGAAAAUUUGAAUAAAACUAGUAAGAAAUCGAAACGCUCUACCAGUCAAAGAACAAUACCAAUGACUGGUAAAAAUGUUUGGCUUCUGGAAUCAUGUGCAAGGACUUCUGAAUGGUUUUAUAAAGAUGACAGGUCCAAAUCAAAACAAGAAAAGCUUCUAAGUUCUGACUUCGAGAAAGCCUUUGUUAAAAGCAGUAUUGAAGCUGUAGAAGAGAAUUCUCUGACCAGCAGUUUGAGACAGCUGGAUCUACAUAUAUCACCAGCAGAAAUUAAACAAUCUGCACAUAAAAUAAUGGAUCUGAAUACUGAAUGCCUGACUUCACUUGAAACUCCAGAAUCUUCUUCUGUGGAUAGUUAUGGGACUUUGAGAAUAAGCAGCAAUGAAAAUCUGGAAUUGCCUGUUAACACAGGUAGAAGUUCAAUGGCUUCUAACCUUGGUGAUAUGCAAGAAGUUAAAGCAACCUUGAACGCUACAACAAAACAAAAAGAUAAAGGAGCUGUAAGAAAGAGAAACCCCUCCAAGACAGCCCAGAAUGGUGCAGCUACAGGUAACAACAGUAGAAAAAACUUCAGCCAUAAAGCAUCAGUUGCGAAGCAAACACUUUCUGAUUUAAAAGUAAUAAAAGUGUUAAACACCGGAAACUUGUCGAAUUUCAAAAUUCCUUUACGCAAAAACAAACCUGAAUCCAGGAAGUUGGAAGCUGUGCUUUCCUUUGAAAGUCCACUAGAACAGCCUCUUUCUGCAGUGAAUGUUACUUCAGCUACAGAUUCUAUGAAGAAAAAAGCUGAUGAUGCCUCUGAAGAUCUUUCACAUGAGAUCUCCACGCUCCCAGAACAUGUUUCUUUCUAUCCACAUGCUGUUGUUGAGAGACAGCUGGCAUCAUCUGGUUCUGACUCUCAGACUAGUGACUGUGUACCAAAAUCUAAUCUUCCUGAUGAUUCUUCCAAUGCAGUUGACCACUCUGUUGCAUUAGAAAUACAUGAUGAUAGCAAAUCAAAAGGGAAUCUCUCGCAGCACAAAAGUGAAAGCUUUCCAGAUGUUCUUGAAGCUUACAAAGAAGAUAUCCUUGUGAUUGAUGUGAUCCAGGAUGAUCCUGAGCUUUUUGGAGCCAGUGAUGAUGAGGCCCCUUCACUCACAGACUCUGAAAAUUGUCCUGCAAAGACAUCCUGUAGUGGCACCUUGAUUACAGAAGAAAAGCCAGAAUUUAAGCCUCAGUAUCCUGUCAUUUCAGAAAAUAAAGAUUCACGAGGUCAUUGCUGCUUGUCUCAGUGGCUUCCUACAACUAAGGCUGAGCAUUUUGAUGACAUCAACCCUCUUCAUCUUUCAGCUCAUGAAAUUAAAACCUACAUUUCAUCGAGCGCAAGUAGUCCUUUGGGAGGUGUUACUGAGGACUCUUUUGAAGAUGGACAACUCAGUGAACUAGAUGAAUUUUUAAAGGGUUCUGACAUGGAUGAAGAGGCUUCCCAUUCAAUCCAUCAGCUCCUGGAGAUGAUUGAAUUGCCUCGUAAAUAUUGCAGACUUUAUUUCAUGACUUUGCGUGGCUGUGAAAGAGCAAAAUGUUGGUUUUGGCAUGUUCCUGAUCAAGGGGAUGAAAAGAUAUGCAUGGCAGUACUUCGGACAUACAUUACAAGUAAUGAAUUAGGCCUGCUACAGCGUGCAACACAAAUAUUUGUAAACUAUUACAGAGAAGCUAUGCCUGGUGUGGAUUUUGCUUCACAAGUCCUGAAUGAUCUUCUCAUUUCUUUACUCAAGAACUGUUUGUUUCAAGAAGUAUUUCAGAUACUGAAUGUUACUCUACUGAUUAAUAUGCUGCCUGCUGUUGAUGUUCUUCUGAAAAUUUUUGAAUAUAUGGCAUCUUUGAAUGUAAAAGAUGCUGUGCCUGCGUUAAUCAGUAUGUUUUGUAAGCUUGUUGAUGCUGGUAUGUUUCUUGAGUUUGAACAUUUCAACUUCAUCAUUAAGUUCCUUCACCAAUUGCAAGUUUCCAGGCAGGAAAUAAAUACUAUUCUGAACAUAAAAUCCAGAUUUCAGGAAAAACACUUUAAAAAGAACUGGCGUUUUGACUUCAGUUUGGCAAUGACUGAAAUUCAGCAUUGCAAGGAAAAAAGCGAUUGGACCAAGUUGGGAAAUUUGUAUGUCAGUUUGAGAACUGGGCAUGAACGUUUUGGUGAUCUUAAGAAACUGUCAUUAUUUAUUGCUGAAAUACUAAGCAGAGAUUCUGAGGAAGAAGGACCAGGAGUUCCUUUUUGUGAUUUUGCUGAUGCAGUAAUAAAAAAUUCACAAAGUAAUGAAGCAGACAGAAUUUUCAUUGGAAGAGCUGGGAUAAGUGUAAUGUAUUCUUAUCACAAAGUACUGCAGUGGAUAAAGGGAAGGAAGGUUUUGGAUAAAUUGCACGAGCUAAAGAUAUACUUCACGGUCUUGAAAGGACUUAUUGGACCAGAAAAGUCAGCAUCAAGAUGUCAAAUUGUUAAUACUGCUGCAGAAUUUUUUCUUAAAACCGGAAGUUUAGAUGGUGCAACAUGGGUUUUGAGAGAGUCAGAGUGGAUCACAAAUGCACCAGUGUGGCCCUGUGACAAAAUGGACAUCCUCAAUCGACACAAUCUCUUACGCUCGCUGGUGCACCAGUACUUGAGUAAGAGCUUAUACAGGCAGGCAUUUGAGGUUCUGCAGAACUUACCAGGCUUCCAAAAUUGUUCUGAUACUGUAGAUAUUCCCUGGUAUAGUCGCCUUUUUAACAAACUGAUAAAUGCCUGCUUUGAGAGCAAGAACCUGGGGAUCUCAUCUUCUGCAAUAGACUUCAUGCUUUCAAAAAAUAUACCUAUCGAUUUUUUUCUGCUUAGAGGAUUAAUCACAAGUUUGGGAAGAAGUUGUUUGUGGAGUAAAGCUAGGACCUAUUACAAGAGUGCUUUAUCGUUGGGUUGCUACCCACUGCUGCAGGGAAAUACAUAUCACAAACUUCUGCCAAUUCCUUCUUACCUGUCUGAAGUAGAGAUGCUGCUGGCCAUUGAAAUAUUCCUUGUUUCAAAUGCUAGCGGUGUUCAAAGUCCAGGUGCUACCAGUCAGGCUCUUCAAAUCAUACUGAAAAGAUGUGAAGAUCCAAAAGGGCAGAAUAAAGAUGACUAUCAAACAGCAGUGGAGAGACUGAUCCUAGCUGCUCGUUUAUCAGAUCCAAAGCUUUUUCUUAAGUAUAUGACAAUGAAUGUUAAUAUGGAAGAAGUUUACAGCUUAGAUCUUACAUCUGCCCUGAAAUGGCUGCAGGAGAAUAUGAAAUGGGCUGGAAGGGUCUGGCUGUUUCAGUAG